AUGCCAUGUGAGCCUAUCUCUUCUUUGUUGACAAGCCUAACUGCCGCCAAUGGCACGCCAAUAGCCACCUACGGUCAUCGGUCGCUUACCCUGGACCUAGGUCUUCGGCGCACGUUCCGCUGGGUAUUCACCUUCGCUGAAGCCUCCUUUGUUAUCAUCGGCAUUGACUUUCUCAAGCAUUUCGACCUCUUGAUCGAUGCAAAACGUCAGAUGAUAGUCGACACUGCAAUGGAAUUCAGUGUACGUGGCAUUACCGCCGAUAUCGCAUCUAUAACAGCGGUCUACGCCUAUCCCCAGACUUCGCCAGACUACGCCAAUCUCUUCUCCCAGUACUCCAAGCUCGUUCAGCCAAUGAACGCAGCUUUGUCCGUGGCAUCCUAA